CGCCAUAUUGAAAGUUCUAAAGUGGGAAGUCGGUCAAACGCUGACCCUAUUAGUUAUUUCUAUUUAUUGUGUGGUGGUAUUUAUUAAAAAAGUUAUCCUAAAAUUUUCUUACACAUUUAGUGAUCUAUUUGUUGUGAUUUCGAUACAUGCAAGUGUGUAUAAACAAUUUUGCAAUUUGCCUAAUGAAUACGUCACAGCGCCAUGUUGUAUUCCUGCGCUGAUUGCAGGCACGAGAAAUCUGCCAACCCGUUUAUUUUCCGGGAUUAGUUCCCGAGAAUAAAUCGAACUGCGAUUUUGUACUCAAAUAUAUUUUAAUUUAUAUUUGUUGGCAAAUGUCAAACAACUUUAGUGGAAUAGAUGCAUCCCUGUCGUCGCAUUUUAAGUGCUAAUUCCUAAUAUCUACUGCAUUUUUGUGCAUCCGCGAAAGUUGAAAGGACUGUGUUGUAAAAGAAAGAAGUGAUAAUUAGCCAAAAUUCCGGUCCCUACGCGCAGACGAGAAGGUGCCUACCCGCCGGGGCAGUCGGGCGAAGGAGACAUGAAUAAUAAGCGUAAAAACCGCCAAGGGCCGCCGAGAUCACCACGCGGGCGAGUGGUGCCAGAGGGCGUGUACAAUAACGCGCACUUCAUGCACGCAGCGACGUCGCACGUCGGCGACAUCGUGCAGGUGCUCACGCAGUCAGGGAGCCUCUGGGAAGGCGUCUUCAAGACUUUCAGCGCUCAAUUUGAGGUUGUGUUAGAAGUGGCUCACCGCGUGGACCAAGAGGGCGUCGUGGCGGUGGACUCGGUGGUUGAGAAGCUGAUCUUCAAGCCGCAGGAUGUGGUCUCCAUCAGGGCCAAGGACUCAGACCUCGAGUACGCCACACACGAUGUGUUCCAGACUGAUAGUGCUAUAUCUAGCAAGUUUAAUGGUGUCGCCGCAGGCAAUGGUAGGACUGGCGAGGAACGCUACCUGGAGCCUUGGGACGGCUGCGACGCGGAAGUAGGCGAGGCUCCCCAAGUGAACGGAGACGCCUUGCUCGAGGAAUUGGAGCUGGACCACCGCGCCAACGGCUGGGACGCCAACGAUAUGUUCCGCAAGAACGAAGAGGUGUACGGCGUGCAUAGCACCUACGACCACUCGUUAGCUGGUUAUACUUUGCCUCUGCAGAGGAAGGAUACUCAGGAUUAUAGGGACGCGGAAGCGAAAGCCGAGGAGAUAGCGGCGGAGAUCGAGAACGCGGCGUCGUCGAAGGCGCGCAUCGAGCUGGAGAACGGCGACGAGGAGGAACGCUUCGCAGCCGUCGUGCGGCCGCAGGACGCCGCCGCCGCCGGCAAGUACGUCAUACCCAACAAGAGGAAGAAUAUGCAGACGGGCAAGCUGGUGAAGCCAGGGCCGGCCAACAACGGCGGGUCCCCGCCCGUGGGGCGCGCGGGCCCCGCGCCGCCCAAGGACAAGGAGCACCGCGCCGCCCGCCCGCACCUCACGCCGCCCGCAGACCGACGCCAGGAUGAUGCUUUCCCGGUAGCGGCGCUGGGCGCGGGCGCGGGCGGCAAGAGCUACGCGGCGCAGGCGGCGCAGGGCGGCUACCACGUGCCGCCCUUCCCGCCGCACCAGCAGCACCAGCCUCCGAGCAGUGCGAACAAAGUAAACGGAGAGCCGCGAGCUCCGCCACACCCGCGGCAAGGAUUCCCACCACAUCAUCAUCACAACCCACCGCCUCCAGGCGACGUGCACAGCAGGCCGCCUCGACAUCACGCGCCACCUCCGGAACCCAGGAGGCAGGACGAUGUACAGGAGCUGCGCAAGUUCAGCCAGGACUUCAAGCUGGUGGCGGGCGCCCCGCCCGCGCCGCCGCCCGCGCUGCCGCCGCAGCCGCAGCCGCAGCCGCCGCCGCCGCUCAACCCGCAGCCCACGAUGUCGGGCGGCAGCCAGCCGCCGCCGGCGCCGAGCCCGCCGGAGGUGUCGGCCAACGUGUGUGCCGCCGACCACGCCAAGCCCGCCCGCCCGCCCAAGCACGACACGCCCAACGCGCAUAAGCAGCCAACCCCAGCUCCAAAAGGCGAAUCUCCCAGCACAGAGGAGCGGUCGGCCCCGUCAGCAUCACCGCCGUCGUCCGCGUCGCCCAGCAUGGAGCGCGUGGCGGCCAUCAAGAAGUCCACGCUCAACCCCAACGCCAAGGAGUUCAACCCCGCCGCCAAGCCCUUCACGCCGCGCAGCCCCAGCACACCCAACCCCAGCCGACCACACACGCCAGGCACGCCAUCGGGCGUGGGCGUGGGGGUGGGAGUGGGCGUGGGCGGCGUUGGCGUGAACCUGGGCGGCGUCAGCGUCAUGGGCCCCGGCGUCAGCUACGUGCCCGCGCCGCACCCGCCGCCACCCAUGGUGGCGGCCGUGCCGUACGCGAUGAUGGCCGCCGCAGCCGCCGCCGCUCAGCAGCCGCCAGCGUACCUGCCGCAUCCACAUCCUGCUCUUGCAUAUGGAGCCAUGGGCGGCGGCGGAGGAGUGGCUGGCGUCACGGGGGGAGGCGGACAGCCCCCCAUGCAGUCACAGCAACAGAGAAACUUCAGGAAAGUGGGCGUAGGUUCGGGCAUGCAGGUGGCCGCCGCCACGGGACAGCCGCUACUCGCGCCGGCGCCCAUGCAGCAGUUCAUGCCGUACCCGCAUCCACAUCCCGCGCCUCAUCCCGCGCAGCCGGCGUUGCAAUAUCAGCAUAUGGUACGCAUGUACCACGGCGGCGUCGGCGGCUCAGUGGGCGCAGUGUCAGGCGUGGGCGGCGGCGGGGGCGAAGUCCCCGUGCAGACGCAGGUGGGGUACGCGCCGCCGCCCGCGCCGUCCCCCGCGGCCGCCUCUCCCGCGCUCUACCCGCCGCCCUCGCCUGCGCACACGCCGCAUCCGCACCCGCAUCAGCAUCCCCACCCUCAUCAUCACUUCCAGCAGCCGCCGUUCCAGGCGUACCACCAGGUGCUGUGUCCGCUGAUGGGCCCGGGCGGGUCGGGCGCCCACCACCACCACCACCAUCACCUCGCCUACCUCAACCACGCGCCACCCACCGCGUCGCCGCCGCAGCCACAUCCCCACUCGCUACAGGGCGUGCUGGUGCCGGGCGGCGGCGCGGCGCCGGGCGCGGGGCACGCGUAACGCGGCGGCGCGGCGGCGCUGCGGGGGCUGCGCUGCAGCCUGCGCCUGUACGCGCGCCGAGCCCGCGCCGCGCUGCCCGUCUUCAAGUGUCACUACUCCGCACACUACUCCUUCUCCAACUGAUGUGUCUGUCUACCAAAUAAGUUAUUCUCCUCUAGUGUAAUAAGGAUGAAGUGUCGCCGCCGCGCGGCCCGACGUCUCCGAAAGUGUUUUAUUGAUGGACGGUACUUCACUACUGCUGCUGGCAGCGUCACAUAUGUUUUGCGGUCUCGUACGAAAACGUUUCGCUAGCACGAAACGCAUAUUACUAAUUAUUUAUAAAUCUAUAUCCACGAAAUUUUGAUCAUCAAAGUUUUGACCUAAAUUAACUCUAAAACAAUUCGGUGAAACAAAAUUUGUACAAGAAGUGCACUUGCAAAGCUUUUUUAUGUAAUAUAUGUAACGUAUGUCCGUAGAGACUUUGUGGAGGUAGUACGACGCGGGAAAUCUACGAAGGUUUAAUUAAAAAUGCGCUUCUAUCCCCACUGUAUGUUGUUACAUUAGGAAGCGGUGAUUUUGGAACUAUAAUUUUUUAUCAAAAUUAGCACGUAGACUAGGAGGCCUUCAUUUUGUAAUAAAAACAAGCGUCGUCAACUGUCACGUAAGAUAUCGGUACUUUUAGCGCCAUCCAAAUAUUUGGCGAUAUUCAAGUAUUUAUGUGAGCUCUCACGGCCAGCAGUGACACCGGUCACAUAGGUUUUCUAACUUUAAAUACAACGUAAAGUAAUAACUUGUAUGCCUUCUUCGUAUCGAUACGUUCAUUGCAAUAAUUGAUGUUUUAUGAUGUUUUUCGAAAAUUUUACUCGAUACUUUCACGUGGCAAAUUAUUUUCGACUUUUAAUUGUUAUUGUUUGUGUUAUAACUGUAGUGAAUAUCAUCAGACCUAGAACAGUUAAUGUAAAUGAGAUGAAAUUAUACUUCUUGGAUAUUUUAUGUACUGCUUUCCCCACUCAUCGUAAUUUAAAUGAAGCUGAAUAUUGUGAUAUAUACCAAAGAUAUGAAAAUCAUCUUUAACAAAACAUUGUUGCAAUUAACAAAUGGGAUACCAUCAAUUAUUGAACAAUUUAAGAAAUGAGUUCAAUUUUGUAAAAAAUUAAGUUGUCACGUGAAUAUUGGGGAAUGUAUUUACUUCGAAAUAAUAUGAAUAUCUGACAACAUUUUCAAAUGCUUUGAAAGUGUUGUCAGUGCUGCCAUUCACAUGAAACACUGUUAAAUACUUUAGUUUAGAGGCGGGGAGUAUAAAACUUGUUUAAGUAUGUAUGAUUGUUUGUUUGUAUGUUUGUAAGUAUACAAGUCUUGUACGGACGGAGUGCGGUCCGCCCUCGCACAGGCCCGGGGGCGGACAUAUGUAUUAUAAUUAGAUAAUUCACUCUCUAUGCUUAUCGAUGAACAACUGCGGGGAAUUUGAUAAAUGAACUCUUCUGUUUGUUAUAUCUAUUCGAAGGUUGACAACACCUCGCUAAGUAAGGUGCUCGUCACAUUUAUAUAAAAAUAUUACGAAAUAAAUCGAACUAAAUAUCAUAAUAAAGUUUGAUACAAAAUACUCUACUAUUAUUCAUAGAAAUUUAUAUUAAAAAUGCAUGAUAUUUAACGGCAAAAAAAAACUUUUGUACUAAAUGUAUGUGUUUAUCAAAUUCCCGCGGUGAGCGGUCGGUAAUGUUUGUUUCCUCGUUUGUAACGACGGUCGCCAUUCUGAGACAGCGGCCAGUUCGUUAGCGUAUUUAUUUAGGUUUAGGGUUUAUUAUUGUGAAGGUACCCUCCGCGAUUAUAAUUCCAAGUGCUCCGAUAGCACUUUAAAAAUGUUAAUUUAUAAAUUGGCAAAUAGUUACUUUGUAAAUUCUUAACUAUAAAAUGCUGGGCUAUGUUUUGGAUGUCAGUUCGAUUAGAAAGAUGAAUUGUUUUUCAUCGGACACUUCAAAUAAGUAUCGGGACCAUCCUAGAUGCUCAAUGUUAACUAAGAUAUGACGUCACUGUCUCACGAGUCAUUAGUUCUAUUUUAUUUUAUACAUUUGCAGCUUUUGAAUAGGCAACGACUUUCAUACGGAAUGAUACAACACUCCAAAAAUAAGUAUCACUUUCGUAGGUUAUAUCUUAUUGAAAUUGCUAUUAAUUUGCUAUUUUGCUGCAAAUAUUGGUGGCCAAGCGCUGUUAAUUCUUCUUAAAAGAAAAUAACAAUUAGCUAAACAAUUUGUAAACGUUCCUUCGAUGUGGAAAUGUAAGUGCGCCUCUCCAGGCAAGCGUCAGUAAACUCAGCCCUUAAUUGUAGAAUAUCGUAAAGAACUGCAUAAUAUAAUACGUUUCACGAGUCGCCGAGACUCCUAUCGUCCUUGUAGAGGUCACGGGGUGGAUAGAUCACAAAUAAAGUUCGCUAAUUAUUUCCCGUAGAUUUGUUUUUUGCGUCGCAGAACACAAAAGCCUCAUAUUAUUUAACUUGCCACAUGAAAACGAGGCCAGUCUUCUGAAAUUCACCACCAAUUAUAAUUUAAGUUAUGAAACUUUAUUAUAUUAUUUUGUGUUCCCUUUAUUCAAGCGUAACGAAUAUAUUGUGCGAGUCGAAGGUUCUUAUUUUCGUAAUCGAUUUCAAAGUAAAAUUGCUUUAAAUGCGAGGUCAUACAAUAGUGUUAUUUAAGCACGUAACAUAAUGUAAACUGUUUAGUUUUACUGCCAGUACCUUAUAGAUAUGUGUGAAACUUGAACAUAUGGAGAUAUAUUAUUUUAUUUUAUAAAACGGCAUCUACAUAUUUCCCUAUGUAAAAAUUGUAUAUUUAUUAUAUGACAAGUUAGUUACAAGUAUGAUUUUGAAAUGAUCAUGUGAUUCCUCGUGUUUAUGAUAUUUUUGGAAGCCCUCUACUUACUAGCUAAAACCGAGAUAAAGUGAAUGUCAUAUAAUAUUUCUAGAGCAGUUUAAAUGAGUGCGGCUUUCUAAAACAUUGUAGACUCGUUCGUGUUUCAAGGAAUUGCAACAGGAUGCGUUUCAGACGCAAGUAGGUUUGACAAUAAAAAUAUAAACUUUGAUAGGUGUAAGGAAGAUAAGAUGCUAAAUAUUUACGACGAAACUGACACUGUUCACAUAAAUUAACGUCAGAAUUGUCACAAAUGCGUCAUCGGAUAUAUUUCGUUAAAUAACAGUAAGGCUCAGAAGAUUUGCACAAUUGAAAACGUCCCCCCAAUAGUGUCGGUAGUGAUGUGUAAGUUGAGCUUGAAUGGAGGGUCGUAUAUUGGUCAGUAUACAAGUGUGGCAUCAAGGGGAGCUAAGUCCAUGACCUCCGCGCGGUGCUCCCUGGGUAGCGCCAAAUGUGGACGAUGACAUUCACAUUCUUUUGUAACUCAUUCGCUAAAUUGUGUAUCCGUGGAGUGCAUCCGACCUCUUCCCAUUUGUGUAUAAGCGCAUUCCUUCCUUCUCUAAACAUGUAUCAUCCACAUAAGCCGAUGAUAUCAAAUGUAAAAGAUUUACACCGCAGAAAAGGUAUAAUUUUUGUAGAUUUAAAGUAAUUAAAAUAGACAUAUUUAUAUAAAUAACUCUGCAGAUUACGAUAUAAAAAUGUGUAUAUAUGUAAAUAUACUAUGAUGUAAAAGGGAAUAACUAGUGACCUUUCCCACAAAUGGCUUAUAUUCGUAUUUAAUUUGUGAUGUAUAAAGUUUUUUCGACCAUGUUAACAUAAUAAAAAUAUCACAAAAAAAAAGUUUGCGGAAAGGGCCUACUGGACCCAUACCACGUUCAUGACUCUAGUAUGGUUAAAUGUAGUUAUUUCUCUCGAGAACAUGGUAUGGAGUCUCGUGUACUGUUUUAUUUUAUUCUUUUUUUUCACUUUUUUUUUUCUUUGUUUUAAUUUAAAUUUUUAUCGCGUGAGUGGAUCCACCGCGUAAGUUUGUUGCUAAAUGAGAGUAUGAUAAAUAAUAAAAAAGUAUGUGCGUGUGUUGAUUGUUGUGCGCCAUAUAAAUAUUAUCGAUAUAUUUUUUGUGUGAAGUGUCACGACUGGUGGCGCCGAUAUGUUUAUGUUUUAGCUAGGGAUAUUACUUCAUUUCUCAUAAAUUUCUACGUGCUUACGAAAGACGUUCGAGUUCCUUUGGCCACAUUAUAUUGUAAUGGUUGUGGUAUAAAUUUUUAUAAGAUUCCCAUAGUAUUGGAAUAAUGGAGAAAAUGCAACGAUAUUUCAAAAGCCGUAAUGUACUUUGUCGUGUAUUAUACAUCCCUAACGCACAUGAUGUAGCAUUUAGAUUUCAAAGGAAUGGACGAAUCUGAGAUCUGAUUGUAAUUCGCCUUCCAUGAUUAAAAACGAUCAACUUGAUAAAAUACGGGCGUAAGCUCGUCGCUGACUAAGAUAAAGGAAAUAACUCCAUUGUGCCUUCAGCAAUGGUGACAGGACUAUUCGAUCACGACUUGACUACACUACUGUGACGUAUCGUAAUCAAUGACACCGGUUAUACUUGCAGUAAACAGCAGUUGUGCAGACAAUACUCUAGCUCACAUUCCUUAUUGUUAUUGAACCUAAAAGUCAAUUUUGUCUACUUUAGAUAAUGUGGAAGAUUAAAAUUACAAUUCUUCUAGAUCACAAUCCGGUUUUGUUAAGAAAAAAAAAUAUUUUUAUGGAAUAGUGUAUUUAUAUGGCAUUGACAUUGUACUUCGAAAAAAAUAGACUGUCAGUGUUCUAAUGAUAAUAAUAUAGUUUAGUCUAUUAUUAAGGAUCAGAACAAUAUACCUAGAUCCAGUUUUAGUGUAAGAAAUGUCUGAACAACUACUGUUUGCUAAUGCCGCUUUAUUUGCAAGUGGCAAUUGUGUUCAAUGUACUGAUUUAAUUUGUUAGUUUACUUUGCAUAUUUCAUGCUCAGAACAUGUCUGCAGCUAACCGGGUUUGAUCACUCAACUCAACAUUGUCACUUGCCGUAAAGCGUUGUUGAACCUUCAAUCUUAUCAGUUUUACGAUGAACUCACUAAAAAUGAUAGUUGAAGUUUCAGUCCAAUAUGAGCAGCUCAUACAAUUUUUACCUCGUAUAAGGCACUUUCCUAUUAUGUAAAUAUUUGUUACCGACUCGUGUCGGCGCGGACGAUUCGUAAACCCAUUGUAUGUAUAGAUAAAUACUAUGAAAUUGCCUUAUAGAUGUGCGUGUCGCCCUGCGGGGAUUAUGUAAGAAUGUUACCAACGUGCGAACCUAGUACUUGACAUGUUAACAAAAUGCUAAAUUAAUCACAUGGAAAUGAUAAUUCACACCACAGCAAUCUAUCGACAAUUAAAGUAGCAUUUUGGUAAUAUUUCAAUAAAGAAGGUGUACAUUUUGUAAAGACUGAAGGGAAAUAAUGAUUGUGGAAGUAAGCAGAGAUAAUUGUGAACUGAAAUUGGUUUUUAUAGGAGUGAACUAUGGAGCCUAAAACUCUAUUGUAUAUUGCAAUUUGUUCGACGCGAAUCAGUAGAAUCUAAAGAAUGUUCAACAACAUUACUUGUAGUAAGUAUUUACGUAUGUAUCGUGAUGAGCUAGCAUUCUACUGAUCCGAGUUGUAACAUGAUAUUGUAUGAUAAUUGCUGCUUAAUUCCGCUUGUUGAUGAACGAUUUGAUUUGUGAAAAAUGUGCUUUUUUUGUGAGCCCCACAGAGGGCGUGUAAACAGGAUUGUGCCAAAAGUGGUAUGGCAUCGUUUAUCGUUUUUUGGGCACACAACACCUGUGUCGACGAAUAUUUUUCAAUAAAAAAAGUAAAAAAAUGUGUUUUGAACACAACA